AUGGCUUCCCCAUGCCCCCUGGGGAGGAGGGGCCGGCGCUGCAAGCCUGGAGGCCGCCUGGCCGGGGUGUCCGGCCGGGCUGGCACGGGGCCGAGGGGGAGUGGGAAGGAGGUCCCAGUAGGGUACGUGGACGGGGGGCCGUCGGGUGUCUGCACACCCACCCCCAGGGCUGCACGGGCCAGCCACUGCGUGUGCACACGUGGGCAUGUUGCUGCCUGGGCCCUGAGCCUGGCUGACCAGCCACUGGGGCACCCUCCCCCAGGCCCUGAACACCCCGGCACUGGAAGCCAGUGGGAGUGUGGGGCAUUCAGGGAUGAGCUGGACAGGAGUUGCAGGUGCCCCCUUCAGAGAGGCCCACUCAGCUCCUGCAUUCAGCCCCCCAGCCACAGUCACUUCCUGGAAACCAGGCCGGUCACCCAUCCUGAACCGGAUGCUCUGCCCAGGCCUCCUCGGGCCCCAGGAGCAGGGUGCCAGGGAACCCUGGGCAGAGACAAGGACAACUCCCACUUGGGCUUCAGGGCUGAGCACCCAGUCGGUGCUGAGCACCCAGUCGGUGCUGAGCCUGAACUCGGGGGGCUGACCCAGAGCUCCAGCAGCCCUGGACACCCCUUGUUUCGCAGCUCUUGCCUCCCUCCCUCCCAGCCCCCAGGACUACGCAGUCAGCCAGGAAAGGCCGCCAGCCUAGCUCAGGGUCACCAGACUCCCCCAACAUCAGCCCCCACAGGCCUGGCCAGCAACCCCUGA